ACGGCCUAUCAGCUAUCAGCUGUUGUCGGAUAAUAUUGGCUGGCCACAUUACUGCCCUUUGAGAUUCCUAUCGUGCAAUAUAUUUUAUAUCAAUCAAAGGUUAAUUGAAGAUGAAACCUGCCUUAAAGACUGUUAAUGCCACAGGAAAACACACAGCCUCCGUGAUAUUCUUCCAUGGAUCCGGCGACACCGGACCCAAUGUUCUGGAAUGGGUGCGUUUCCUGCUCGGCCGGGAUUUGGAGUACCCGCACAUAAAGAUCCUAUAUCCCACGGCCCCGAAACAAAAGUACACUCCGCUGGACGGGGAGCUAUCUAAUGUUUGGUUCGACCGCAAAUCCGUAAGCAUUGCCGCUACGGAAAGCAAGAGGAGCUUGUCCCAGUGCUAUGAGGCAAUCAAUCAGCUGAUCGACGAGGAAGUGUCCGGUGGAAUCCCGCUGAACAGGAUCAUCGUUGGCGGUUUCUCAAUGGGCGGUGCUGUUGCUCUGCAUACGGGCUACCAUUUGAGGCCCAGCUUGGCAGGCGUAUUCGCACAUUCCUCGUUCCUGAAUCGCGGCUCUGUUGUCUACGAAUCCCUGGAGAGUAGGAAAGCAGAUUCCCUUCCCGAGCUGCGAAUGUUCCAUGGGGAACGGGAUACGCUAGUACCACCAGAAUGGGGGAAGGAGACCUUCGAAAAUCUGAAAAAAUUGGGAGUCAAGGGAACAUUCCAUCCGCUGAGGAACACCCUGCACGAACUGAAAACCUCCUCCCUUACGGAUCUUCAGCAGUGGAUUCAGGAAAAGCUGCCGCCGCUGGAAAACCAACUACAAAAUAAACUAUAAGAGUACUUGGCAUGAAUCCCGUGCAUUUAGAAGAAGCGCAAAGGCAAGGCUUUCCAUCUACUAAGUUAUCUAACUGCCCCUCUCCGCCAUAAUGAAAGCACAACUCCUCCUG